AUGCAGGCUGCUUUCAAAGUCCAGCAAGAACUGAAGGCCAGCCGCGGCCUUGAGCGGAUCGUGGCCACGGUCAACAAGAACCACGCGCACAAUGGUCUGAAGUCUUACGUUGCAGCCAUGCGGAAGUUCGACUUCAAGCCCACGAUGCCUGGCCCUUAUCAUAUGGGUCUCCGUGAGUUUAGACGGGAGCGCGCCGCCGCUGCUGCGGCCAAGGCCGUCCCUGGUCAAGCUGAUGUGCCCAAGAACGUGGACGCAGGCGACGGCACCGGCAAUGUCGUUGCCGAGGACCAAGAGAGUGAUGUCGAGUAUAUCUGUGAGGUGAGCAUCGGCACGCCGCCUCAAAAGCUGCAGCUCGAUUUCGACACGGGCUCAGCCGACCUCUGGGUGAUCUCCACGGAGCUUCCGGCCAGCGAUCAGAAGAACCACUCUGCGUUUGACCCGACAAAGUCGACUUCCUUUUCCCAGAUGGAGGGGUACUCGUGGAAGAUCCAGUACGGCGAUUCCAGCUCGGCUUCCGGUGACGUUGGAUCUGACGUCGUCUCGCUGGGCGGGCUGGACAUUCCCAAGCAGUCUAUUGAGCUGGCUAAAAAAGUCUCCAGCGAAUUUGUCCAAAGCACCGGCGACGGACUUCUUGGCCUCGCCUGGUCGUCGAUCAACACCGUAACGAAGAACAACACCGCCAGUCCCCAAAAGACACCAGUCGAGAACCUGGUGGCCAACAACGCGCUGCCCAAGGAGGCCCAGCUUUUCACGUCUUGCUUCUAUAGCUCGCGUGACAACAACAAGGAGUCAUUCUACACGUUCGGCUUCAUCGACCAGGACCUUGUGACUUCCUCCGGCAAGAGCGUCGCGUGGGCCAAUGUUGACAACAGCCAAGGGUUCUGGGAGGUCCCGUCCGCCUCUGCGUCUGUCGGUGGCAAGACAAUUACCCGCUCCAACAACACCGCCAUUGUUGACACUGGCACUUCGCUCUGCCUGCUCUCAGAUGAUCUCAUCAAGGCUGUGUACGAUGCCAUCCCCGGCGCUAAGUACGAUUCGUCCCAACAGGCCUACACGAUCCCGGCCACGAUCACCGCCGACCAGCUGCCUGCGUUCUCCGUUGCCAUUGGCGAUACGCAGUUUUUUAUCCAGCCCGAGGACUUUAUCUACGGUGAUGCGCAGGAUGGCGUGUACUACGGUGGCUUCCAGUCGCGGGGUAAUCUGACCUUUGAUAUCCUCGGCGACGUUUUCCUGAAGUCGAUUUACGCCAUUUGGGACGUCGGCAAUGUCCGUUUUGGCGCGGUGCCUAAGAUCGAGGCCAACCAGAACCUGGGCGACGGAACUUCGGCCUAG